AUGGCCUUGAGCAGGAGGGAAGUGUUCAUAGAGAGAGUACUGAAACGACUCUAUGCUGAAACUUCACCAUCUUCUCUUGCUCAUACGUCAAGGAGAGAAGAGGAGGUGGUUCUCAGGAAUCUAGGCUCAACAUCCACUGAAAAGAGUUUGGCUGAUGCUCAGACUGCGUCAGCAGAUGCAAGCACUUCAACUGAUAGACCCUGCGAGUCAUUUCAAGGUAGUGGAAAUACAAUUCUGUCUCCAAGAAGAAUUUACACAGUGAGUCUUCCACCGGAGGAUUAUAUUGCAGUUACUCCAGACACUACUAGUAUUUCAGUUUCUGAACAUUCAAGCAGUAGUGGUGACUCAACAGAGGAGGAGUAUCAAGGGCAAACCAGGAGAAAGCUCAUUCGAAGGAAGAAACAAAAGAACUGCUUGCAAAACUCUAAUAAUUUACAUGGAGAACAAACCGAAUCGGGAAUGCAGGAGAAUCUUGUUCAAGAUAAUUUACAGUUGCAGCAGACGGACAGUCCCAAAAUAAGUAAAAACAAAAGGAGGAAAAUGAAAAAGAAGCGACGUAAAGAAAAAAUGAGAGCAGCUGGCUUGGUAACAAAAACGACCAGUGUGGAUUUUACGUAUCAGCCCGACAAAAACAACAGAGAAGAAGCAGCAGGCUUAAAAGGCGUAGAUGACAAGGCAGAUAGCAUUCUGGACUUCCUGCAGGCAACACAACAAAUUUAUUUUGCUGACAAUAAAUCAGCAGGCACAGAUUCUGCUGUAAAUUCAGCAACUGCCCAACAGCUUUUACAGUCUCUUGAAUCUCGCACCAUCUCUUCCUCAGAUGUGACUCUUCUGCAUCAGCUGAAAUCCCUUGUAUUACUACAGGAUAUUGACAGACUGAAGGAUGCUUUGAAACAAUUCAAAGAACAAGCCAGGAUGCCUCCUGAUCAUACCAAGAUAGUCAUGUCUCUGUUCCACUACUGGAUUACAGAUAUCCUUCCGGUGAAGAACAGGAAAUAAAGCCUUGCCUGUGU